AUGGCAGAGCCUAGCGCUGAGUCCACAUACCUCGGUAAGAUGCCCGCCGGCUUCGGCAUGAUCGCGGUCCUGCACGGCGACCUGGAUACUGGUGACGGCGUGGGUAAGGUGUACUACCGGCAGGACGCCAGCCCAGCCACCCUGCGGCAGGCUGCGGACCAGAUCAACAGGGCUUUUCCAGAGGACGAUGAGGUGAGAGAGAGAAAGAAUGGACAGAGAGAAAGAGAGAGAGAGAGAGAGAGUUAAUGGACAGAGAGAGAGAAAAUGGGCAGAGAAAGAUAAUGGAGAGAGAGAGAGAGAGACAUUUGUUUUACUUUAACCAAGACAUUGUACAACUGGCAAUAAGCUGAAUUGCGAGUACAAUUUACAUUGUAAAAAUAUUCCACUAAAACACUAUAAACAAAAUACAUACUGUAGGUCAUAAGCAAUGAAUGAAAUUAAAGUAGCUGUUACUUGUUUUUACUAGGUGGAGCCGGAACACACUGUGGUCGUCACCUGGGUAGAUGUUGUCUCCAGCCAACACCAUGGCCACAGCAGAGGAGACGGACUGGAGAAACAGGUGAGAUCAGAAUUUACCAGUCAAUCAAUCAAUCAAUCAAGUAAAUGUAUUAAUGUGGAAAGAGAGGUUACAAAGUGCUUUAGAGUAGCCCGACCUUGACCCCAAAGAGCAAGCGGAAACAGUGAGUGACAUUCUUGCGUUUGAAUCCUAACAAUGUAACCCUGUUGUAAGUCUCUCUCGUAACCUCUCUUUUCAACAGAGGAACAGCUUCCAGCUGGUGAUAGCGUCAGCUGAGACUGCCUCCUAUGCCAUCCUCCUCUACCCCAGGGAGGGGCUGCAGUUUGCCUCCACAGCUGUAGGGGGCAGUAGUCAGGCCAUGCAGGCUGGCUUCAGUAAAGGGCUGGUCAAGUACCUAGUGUUCACCAGACAGGGACCGUACUACCGCAUCACCACCGAGAGGGAGACCUCUGUCAGGGCGCUGGCAGAGUAAGUACUGGACUUUUUAUUUUCUAAAUAUGUAUUUAACCUUUAUUUUAACAAGGAAGACAUAUUGAGACCAUAGGUCUCUUAUCCAAAUGCGUCCUGUAUAAUACAAUAUAAACAUACACAUUAUACAAAAAAUAUAUACCCUGAGUAUAUGACAUAGACUGACCAGGUGAAUCCAAGGGAAAGCUAUGAUCCCUUAUUGAUGUCACUUGUUAAAUCCACUUCAAUCAGUGUAGAUGAAGGGGAGGAGACAGGUUAAAGAAGGAUUUUUAAGCCUUGAGACAAUUGAGACAUGGAUUGUGUAUUUGACAUUUACAUUUAAGUAAUUUUGCAGACGCUCUUACAAAUUGGUGCAUUCAACUUAGGAUAGCCAGUGGGACAACCACUUUUUUUUCCUUUUUUUGGGGGGGGGGGGGGGGGGGGGGUAGAAGGAUUACUGUUAUACUAUUCCAGGUAUUCCUUAAAGAGGUAUGUGUGCCAUUCAGAGGGUGAAUGGGCAAGACAAAAUAUUUAAGUGCCUUUGAACGAGGUAUGGUAGUAGGUGCCAGGCGCACAGGUAUGUGUCAAGAACUGCAACGCUGCUGGGUUUUUCACGCUCAACAGUUUCCCGUGUGUAUCAAGAAUGGUCCACCACACAAAGGACAUCCAACCAACUCGACACAACUGUGGGAAGCAUUGGAGUCAACAUAGGCCAGCAUGCUCCGACGAAUAUUAUGGAGGGAUCCUUACUGUUUUAUAUACUCAGUAUAUACAGUAUAUACAGUAUAUAUAUAUAUAUAUAUAUACAUUAAAAUACAAAAACACAGUCAUGGUAAGCACAAAUAAAACAUCACAUAUCGCCCAGAAAAACAGUUAUAUUCCUCCACAAAUAAGUCCCCAAUCAAUACUUCAAAUUGCCCGAACAGCACCAGAACAUCAAGAUGAAAUAUAUUUUACAUUUUAUUCCAGCAAUACGGAGCAUUAAAACUAUAAGCUGAUUUACCUCCUCGGUGGAGACCCUCAGGAGUUCACAGGAACCUCAGGAGUUAACAGGAACCUCAGGAGUUAACAGGAACCUCAGGAGUUAACAGGAACCUCAGGAGUUAACAGGAACCUCAGGAGUUCACAGGAACCUCAGGAGUUCACAGGAACCUCAGGAGUUAACAGGAACCUCAGGAGUUCACAGGAACCCCAGGAGUCUCUAGGAACCUCAGGAGUUAACAGGAACCUCAGGAGUUCACAGGAACCUCAGGAGUUAACAGGAACCUCAGGAGUUAACAGGAACCUCAGGAGUUAACAGGAACCUCAGGAGUUAACCAAUCCUGGUAACGGGUUGGGCAACUCAGGAGUCUAUACUUCAACAGCAAAGUUCGAUAAGACAGAUUUAUGAAGUAGGGCCUUUGUAAACAAAAAGGGAGUAAUGUAGAGAUCUACGGGUCUUUAGCGAAGUCCAGCCAACCUUUUGAUACAGGAUGCAGUGAUGAGUAUCAAACUGUCACCUGUAACAGAACGAAGGGCACUAUGGUAGACGGCAUCCAAAGGGUUAAGAGCAGUAGCAGCUGGACUUUGAUAAAUAAUAUCACCAUAAUCAGGAACAGAUCAAAAGGUGGACUGAAUCAUCUGCUUCCUUCUGCUUAGAGAAAGCUCAUCUAUAUGUUUUUUAAAUGUCAAAUCCAUAUCAACCCAAAUGCCUCAGUAUUUAUAUACAGGAACACGUUCGAUUGGAGAACCAUCUCUAAUGAGUCAACAUGUAGCUCAUCUGAAACAUUCUUACGAGAGUUUAAAAACAACAUGUAUUUCGUUUAGCCUGUAUUAAGCACAAGUUUUAAAUCAGGGAUUCCUGCAUAGCUAUCCAAUCUGACUGUAGUUUUCCUGCAUAGCUAUACAAUCUGACUGUAGUUUUCCUGCAUAGCUAUACAAUCUGACUGUAGUUUUCCUGCAUAGCUAUCCAAUCUGACUGUAGUUUUCCUGCAUAGCUAUCCAAUCUGACUGUAGUUUUCCUGCAUAGCUAUCCAAUCUGACUGUAGUUUUCCUGCAUAGCUAUCCAAUCUGACUGUAGUUUUCCUGCAUAGCUAUCCAAUAUGACUGUAGUUUUCCUGCAUAGCUAUCCAAUAUGACUGUAGUUUUCCUGCAUAGCUAUCCAAUCUGACUGUAGUUUUGACACAGCCAGAUCAACAGUCAGGGCAAUAGCAUACUGUAUAAAAUAGUAUAAUUUGCAUAUAUAAGUAGUUUACCAUUUUUAACAGAUGGUGUUUAUAUAAAUAGUGAAGAGAACAGGUCCCAAAAUCGACCUCUGUGGUACACCUGUAUGCACUUCAAGAAAUUAAGACUUAACCCCAUCAAUCACGAUUGUCAAGGGGUGCUGAAGGUGGGUGUGGUGCAUGAAUCAAGCGCAGGACGCAGAAGCUCAGUCCAAAAGACUUUAGUGCAAUAUUCACGUAGAAAAUAAGCACAAUAAGCCCGAAGGCGAAAUAAUGGCGCACACAGGUGUCAAACAAACGGCGCACUAACAUGUGCGAAAAACCUCUCCAAAACACUGGAGGGAAGUACGUAGCUCCAACACAAAACAGAAGAGCAAUCACACACAAAGACAAACACACACAACGAGAACUAAAUAGGACACUAACGAGGACUAACAAGACACAGGUGUACAACAUCAAGACAAAACCAAACGAACAUGAAACAUAGAUCGGUGGCAGCUAGUACUCCGGGGACGACGACCCCCGAAGCCUGCCCGAACCAGGAGGAGGAGCAGCCUCGGCCGAAACCGUGACAGUACCCCCCCCUUGACGCGCGGCCCCAGCCGUGCGCCGACCCCGGCCUCGGGGACGACCAGGAGGACGCGGAGCAGGGCGCGCGGGAUGGUCCCGGUGGAACUCCGACAGGAGAGAUGGGUCUAGGAUGUCCCUCCGCGGCACCCAGCACCGCUCCUCCGGGCCGUACCCCUCCCAAUCCACGAGAUACUGGAGACCCCCCAUCCGGCGUCUUGAGUCCAAGAUGGACCGAACGGUGUACGCCGGAGCCCCCUCGAUGUCCAGUGGGGGCGGAGGAGUCUCCCCUAUCUCAUUGUCCUGGAGUGGACCAGCUACCACCGGCCUGAGAAGAGACACAUGGAACGAGGGAUUAAUAUUCUUAUACUCAACAGGUAGAUGUAACUUAUAACACACCUCGUUCAAUCUUCUCAGGACUUUAAAGGGCCCCACAAACCGCCGACCCAGCUUCCGGCAGGGCAGGCGGAGGGGUAGGUUUCUGGUAGAGAGCCAGACUCGAUCUCCGGGUGCGUACACCGGCCCCUCACUGCGGUGGAGAUCGGCGCUCGCCUUGUGACGAAGGACGGCCCGCUGCGCACCAAGUUAUACGCGUAUAGUCUCUUCAUGACCCCCCUGCGCACACAUCCUAAGUGGUGCUGUGAUCUCCCUAAUCAACCCCGACCCCAACGGGCGGCUAUCUAAGGCAUGAACGGGAAAAGGUUUGCUGCAGGUGGACGUGGGCAGCGUUCCACGUCUCUUCCGAGCGCCUCAUCCAAUCAUCCACCGCAGGGGCCUCGAUCUGGCUCUGCUGCCAAGGUGCCAGAACCGGCUGGUAACCUAACACACAUUGGAAGGGGGUUAGGUUGGUAGAGGAGUGGCAGAGAGAGUUCUGGGCCAUCUCGGCCCAGGGAAUGUACCGUGCCCACUCCUCCGGCCGGCCCUGGCAAUACGACCUCAGAAACCUACCCACAUCCUGGUUGACACGUUCUACCUGCCCGUUACUCUCCGGGUGGUACCCUGAGGUAAGGCUAACCGAGACCCCCAAACGCUCCAUGAACGCUCUCCAAACACGGGAGGUAAACUGGGGGCCUCGAUCAGACACUAUAUCCUCGGGUACCCCGUAAUGCCGGAAGACGUGGGUAAAUAGGGCCUCAGCGGUCUGUAGGGCAGUAGGAAGACCCGACAUAGGGAGAAGGCGACAGGCCUUAGAGAACCGGUCCACAACGACCAGGAUGGUGGUAUUCCCCUGAGAGAGGGGAAGGUCUGUCAAAAAAUCCACCGAGAGGUGGGACCAUGGUCGUUGUGGAACGGGCAGGGGUUGUAACUUACCCCUGGGCAGAUGUCGGGGCGCCUUACACUGGGCGCACACCGAACAGGAGGAGACAUAAACCCUCACAUCCCUAGCCAAAGUGGGCCACCAGUAUUUAGUGCUAAGGCAAUGCACUGUCCGGCCAAUACCCGGAUGUCCAGAGGAGGGUGACGUGUGAGCCCAGUAAAUGAGUCGAUCCCGAAUCUCGAGCGGAACGUACUUCCGACCCUCAGGACACUGUGGAGGGCUGGGGUCGGUACGCAACGCUCGCUCGAUUUCGGCAUCGACCUCCCACACCACCGGUGCCACAAGGCAAGACUCCGGUAGUAUGGGAGUGGGCUCAACGGACCUCUCCUCCGUGUCAUACCGCCGGGACAGCGCAUUUGCCUUACCAUUCUGGGACCCAGGGAUGUACGUGAUUUUAAAUACGAACCUGGUGAGAAACAUACUCCAUCGAGCCUGGCGAGGGUUCAGUCUCCUCGCUGCCCGGAUGUACUCCAGGUUCCGAUGGUCAGUCAAAAUGAGGAAAGGGUGUUGAGCCCCCUCAAGCCAAUGCCUCCACACCUUAAGGGCUUGAACUACAGCUAACAGCUCCCUGUCCCCAACGUCAUAGUUACGCUCCGCCGGGCUGAGCUUUUUUGAGUAAAAAGCACAGGGGCGGAGUUUAGGUGGCGUGCCGGACCGUUGAGAGAGAACGGCCCCUAUACCAGCCUCAGACGCGUCUACCUCAACCUGAAAGGGUAAUGCGGGAUCCGGAUGCGCCAGCACCGGAGCCGAAGUAAACAGGUCCUUCAGUCUCCUAAAGGCCCUGUCCGCAUCAGCUGACCACUGCAGGCGCACCGGACCCCCUUUCAGAAGGGACGUGAUGGGAGCUGCCACCUGUCCAAAACCCCGGAUAAACCUCCGGUAGUAAUUCGCAAAGCCCAAGAACUGCUGCACCUCUUUUACAGUGGUUGGAGUUUGCCAAUUACGCACAGCGGACACACGAUCCACCUCCAUUCUCACCCCUGACGCGGACAACCGAUAACCCAAAAAGGAGACCGACUCCUGGAAAAACAGACAUUUCUCUGCCUUGACAUAUAGGUCGUGCUCCAACAGCCUCCUCAAUACACGACGCACCAGGGUUAUAUGCUCGGGUAGACGAGUACACCAGAAUAUCAUCAAUGUACACGACCACCCCUUGUCCCUGCAUAUCCCGGAAAAUGUAAUCUACGAAGGAUUGGAAGACUGAUGGAGCAUUCAUCAACCCAUAUGGCAUGACGAGAUAUUCGAAAUGACCUGACGUGGUACUAAACGCUGUCUUCCAUUCGUCGCCCUCCCUAAUGCGCACCAAGUUAUACGCGCUCCUGAGAUCCAAUUUUGUGAAAAACCGCGCUCCAUGCAAUGACUCUGUCAUGGUCGCAAUCAGAGGGAGUGGAUAACUGUAUUUCACAGUAAUCUGAUUGAGACCACGGUAAUCAAUGCACGGGCGCAACCCUCCAUCUUUCUUCUUCACAAAAAAGAAACUCGAGGAGGCGGGAGAAGUGGAGGGCCGAAUGUAUCCCUGUCUCAAAGAUUCGGCUAUGUAAGUCUCCAUAGCUUUUCUCUCCUCUUGAGACAAAGGAUACACGUGGCUCCGUGGGAGCGCUGCUCCUGCCUGGAGAUCAAUCGCACAAUCCCCCUGUCUAUGAGGAGGCAACUGCGUCGCCCUAGUUUUACUAAACACGAGAGCUAAAUCCCCAUAUUCAGGCGGAAUGUGCAGUGCGGGCACUUGGUUUGGACUUUCCACCGAAGUCGCCCCCACGGAAACACCCAGACAUCGCCCCUCGCACUGAGCAGACCACCCAUCGAGAGCCCUCUGUUGCCACGAAAUAGCAGGGUUAUGGGUGCUUAACCAGGGAAUUCCCAGCACCACUGGGUACGCAGGAGAGUCGAUCAGAUACAGCUGUAUAGUCUCUUCAUGACCCCCCUGCGCACACAUCCUAAGUGGUGCUGUGAUCUCCCUAAUCAACCCCGACCCCAACGGGCGGCUAUCUAAGGCAUGAACGGGAAAAGGUUUGUCAACAGGUAGGAGAGGGAUCCCUAAAUCUAAACAAAACUUCCGAUCAACAAAAUUCCCAGCUGCGCCUGAAUCUACUAGCGCCUUAUGCUGGGAAUGAGGUGCAACCUGUGGAAAACACACAGGUAUACAAAAGUGCGCAACAGAAAGCUCUGGGUAAGUGGGACGUCUACUCACCUGGGAGGCCCCCCCAGUGCGUGGCCUGUUGUCUUCUCCCCCGGAGAACCCUCCCCAGCACCUGGCCGCAGUGUGCCCUCCACGACCGCACUUGGUGCAGGAGACAGGCCCCCUCGGGCUCCUCCUCCUCCUUUCUCUAGCGCCGGCACCCCCGAGCUCCAUAGGGCUCGGCUCGGAGGUGCCGGAGGGCGGAAUGGACGGACCCCCCUCGGGACGUCCACGGGUGGCCAGCAGGGUGUCCAGACGGAUGGACAUAUCGACCAACUGGUCGAAUGUGAGAUGGGUAUCCCUGCAGGCCAACUCACGUUGAACGUCCUCCCGUAGGCUACAUCGAAAAUGGUCGAUGAGGGCCCGUUCAUUCCACCCUGCGUCCGCCGCUAGAGUCCGGAACUCUAGAGCAAACGCCUGUGCGCUCCUCCUCCCCUGUCUCAGGUGGACUAGACGCUCCCCCGCCGCUUUGCCCUCAGGUGGAUGGCCUUGAAGCGGCGGGAGAACUCGGCGUAGGAGAUGGUGUUGGCGUCCAUCUUCCUCCACUCGGCGUUAGCCCACUCCAACGCCUUGCCCGUGAGACAGGAGAUGAGGGCGGAAACGCUCUCGUGUCCCGAGGGCACCGGGUGUACAGUGGCCAGGUAGAGCUCCACCUGCAGGAGGAACCCCUGACACCCGGCAGCUGUUCCGUCAUACGCCCUCGGGAGCGAGAGCCGAAUCCCCCUGGGUUCCGGACCUGGGACUGGUGGACCGGCCGAUGGGGUUGGCAGGGUAGGUGGAGGUGUGGCUACCCCGCUGGCCUCCCAUCGGUGCAGGGUGUUGAUGACGUCCUGUAGAGCGGUCCCCAGUUGUCGUAUCUGGUCAUCUUGGCCGCGAACAUGCUCCUCGAGCGACUCAGGCGUAACUGCAGAUCCUGCUGAUUCCAUUUGGGUGUGUGAUUCUGUCAAGGGGUGCUGAAGGUGGGUGUGGUGCAUGAAUCAAGCGCAGGACGCAGAAGCUCAGUCCAAAAGACUUUAGUGCAAUAUUCACGUAGAAAAUAAGCACAAUAAGCCCGAAGGCGAAAUAAUGGCGCACACAGGCGUCAAACAAACGGCGCACUAACAUGUGCGAAAAACCUCUCCAAAACACUGGAGGGAAGUACGUAGCUCCAACACAAAACAGAAGAGCAAUCACACACAAAGACAAACACACACAACGAGAACUAAAUAGGACACUAACGAGGACUAACAAGACACAGGUGUACAACAUCAAGACAAAACCAAACGAACAUGAAACAUAGAUCGGUGGCAGCUAGUACUCCGGGGACGACGACCGCCGAAGCCUGCCCGAAUCAGGAGGAGGAGCAGCCUCGGCCGAAACCGUGACAACGAUGGCCUGAGUUCUGUCACUAAGAUAAUCAUGAAACCAUGAACAGGCGUCAGAGCUCAGGCCUAUUGAGGACAACUUAUUCAAUAAAAUAACAUGAUCAACGGUAUCAAAAGCUUUUGACAGCUUCACAAACAAAGUAGCACAUUUCAUUUUAGUGUCUAAAGCGUUGACAAGAUCAUUAACAGCUAAAGUGGUUGCUGUACUAGUGCUAUGCCCAGGACUAAAGCCUGAUUGGUUUACAUUCAAAAUACAUCUCUCAGAUAAAAAAGAGCAAAGCUGUACAUGUACCAAGGAUUCAAGAAUCUUAGCUGGACAAGGAAGCCUUGAAAUGGGGCGAUAAUGAUUACGAUCACUACUGUCCCCGCCCUUAUGGAGUGGCUGCACAAGAGCUGAUUUCCAUACUUUUGGAAUAUUUCCUGAUAACAAUGUUAAAUAGACAUGGUGGGUUAUUGAGCCAACAACUUAACACAAGGCUCUUGCAGAGUAAGUUGUGAUACUUACCACGUGUCACUGAAGAACCAAGGUAUCCCUGUCCCAGAUCUGUUUGUGCUGUCUUGCCAACUCAUGUGGUCCUUGUCAGGUGUUGGCAAGACAGCACAAACAGAUCUGGGACCAGGCUAGAACAGCACAAACAGAUCUGGGACCAGGCUAGAACAGCACAAACAGAUCUGGGACCAGGCUAGAACAGCACAAACAGAUCUGGGACCAGGCUAGAACAGCACAAACAGAUCUGGAACCAGGCUAGAACAGCACAAACAGAUCUGGGACCAGGCUAGAACAGCACAAACAGAUCUGGGACCAGGCUAGAACAGCACAAACAGAUCUGGGACCAGGCUAGAACAGCACAAACAGAUCUGGGACCAGGCUAGAACAGCACAAACAGAUCUGGGACCAGGGCUAGAACAGCACAAACAGAUCUGGGACCAGGCUAGAACAGCACAAACAGAUCUGGAACCAGGCUAGAACAGCACAAACAGAUCUGGGACCAGGGCUAGAACAGCACAAACAGAUCUGGGACCAAGCUAGAACAGAGGGUCUUUCGUAGCAAGACUUUGUUCCACCAAUGUCUGUGAGGGAGGUCAUAUUUGGUUUUACCACUGAAGUACAGACAUAAUACUGCAGGAUCAGUCAGUUCCUCUGGUGAUCACUCCUCACGGUCUCUCUCCUCCUGCUCUGUCUCUCUCUAGGGAGACCAACUCAGGUAAGCGAGGCGUGUGGGUGUACGAGAUUGGGACUUCUCCUUACUUCACAAGCGUGGCUCCAGGAGAGGUGACAGACCUGCCCCCAGACACAGACCUAGAGUCAAGGGUCCCGGAGGAGGCUGCCUCAGAGAGGUAUCCUGGAGGAGGGCAACAGGUGAAGUAUCCUCCCUACAAACCGGAGGAGGAGGUGUACCGCGAGGAGGAGCCUCACCAGGGACCUCACCACGGGGACCAGUUCACGGUCCACACGGUCCAGUACCAGCCUCAGGUGGUGGUGGUAGAUGAUGGAGACAUCAACGUGGACGGUGGGUUCACAUUGUGUGGUAGCUUGGGAAACAAGAACUUUACUUUGAAUUCUAGAACUUUGUUUUAAAUUCUAGAACUUUCUUUGAAAUUCGAGAACUUUGUUUAGGAUUUUAGAACUGUUUUAAAUUCUAAAACGUUGUUUUAAAAUGUUAGAACUUUUUACAUUUUUUAAUUCUAGAUUAUAAUUAUUUAUUAAUUCUAGAACUUUGUUUGAAAUGCAAGAACAUUGCAACCAGUUCCUUCUGAUGUUUGAUGUGCUAACCUUACCAUGACCCGACCAGGUCCUUCUGAUGUUUGAUGUGCUAACCUUACCAUGACCCGACCAGGUCCUUCUGAUGUUUGAUGUGCUAACCUUACCAUGACCCGACCAGGUCCUUCUGAUGUUUGAUGUGCUAACCUUACCAUGACCCGACCAGGUCCUUCUGAUGUUUGAUGUGCUAACCUUACCAUGACCCGACCAGGUCCUUCUGAUGUUUGAUGUGCUAACCUUACCAUGACCCGACCAGGUCCUUCUGAUGUUUGAUGUGCUAACCUUACCAUGACCCGACCAGUUCCUUCUGAUGUUUGAUGUGCUAACCUUACCAUGACCCGACCAGGUCCUUCUGAUGUUUGAUGUGCUAACCUUACCAUGACCCGACCAGGUCCUUCUGAUGUUUGAUGUGCUAACCUUACCAUGACCCGACCAGGUCCUUCUGAUGUUUGAUGUGCUAACCUUACCAUGACCCGACCAGGUCCUUCUGAUGGUUUGAUGUGCUAACCUUACCAUGACCCGACCAGUCCUUCUGAUGUUUGAUGUGCUAACCUACCAUGACCCGACCAGGUCCUUCUGAUGUUUGAUGUGCUAACCUUACCAUGACCCGACCAGGUCCUUCUGAUGUUUGAUGUGCUAACCUUACCAUGACCCGACCAGGUCCUUCUGAUGUUUGAUGUGCUAACCUUACCAUGACCCGACCAGGUCCUUCUGAUGUUUGAUGUGCUAACCUUACCAUGACCCGACCAGGUCCUUCUGAUGUUUGAUGUGCUAACCUUACCAUGACCCGACCAGGUCCUUCUGAUGUUUGAUGUGCUAACCUUACCAUGACCCGACCAGGUCCUUCUGAUGUUUGAUGUGCUAACCUUACCAUGACCCGACCAGGUCCUUCUGAUGUUUGAUGUGCUAACCUUACCAUGACCCGACCAGGUCCUUCUGAUGUUUGAUGUGCUAACCUUACCAUGACCCGACCAGGUCCUUCUGAUGUUUGAUGUGCUAACCUUACCAUGACCCGACCAGGUCCUUCUGAUGUUUGAUGUGCUAACCUUACCAUGACCCGACCAGGUCCUUCUGAUGUUUGAUGUGCUAACCUUACCAUGACCCGACCAGGUCCUUCUGAUGUUUGAUGUGCUAACCUUACCAUGACCCGACCAGGUCCUUCUGAUGUUUGAUGUGCUAACCUUACCAUGACCCGACCAGGUCCUUCUGAUGUUUGAUGUGCUAACCUUACCAUGACCCGACCAGGUCCUUCUGAUGUUUGAUGUGCUAACCUUACCAUGACCCGACCAGGUCCUUCUGAUGUUUGAUGUGCUAACCUUACCAUGACCCGACCAGGUCCUUCUGAUGUUUGAUGUGCUAACCUUACCAUGACCCGACCAGGUCCUUCUGAUGUUUGAUGUGCUAACCUUACCAUGACCCGACCAGGUCCUUCUGAUGUUUGAUGUGCUAACCUUACCAUGACCAGGUCCUUCUGAUGUUUGAUGUGCUAACCUUACCAUGACCCGACCAGGUCCUUCUGAUGUUUGAUGUGCUAACCUUACCAUGACCCGACCAGGUCCUUCUGAUGUUUGAUGUGCUAACCUUACCAUGACCCGACCAGGUCCUUCUGAUGUUUGAUGUGCUAACCUUACCAUGACCCGACCAUGUCCUUCUGAUGUUUGAUGUGCUAACCUUACCAUGACCCGACCAGGUCCUUCUGAUGUUUGAUGUGCUAACCUUACCAUGACCCGACCAGGUCCUUCUGAUGUGCUAACCUUACCAUGACCCGACCAGGUCCUUCUGAUGUUUGAUGUGCUAACCUUACCAUGACCCGACCAGGUCCUUCUGAUGUUUGAUGUGCUAACCUUACCAUGACCCGACCAGGUCCUUCUGUUGAUGUGCUAACCUUACCAUGACCCGACCAGGUCCUUCUGAUGUUUGAUGUGCUAACCUUACCAUGACCCGACCAGGUCCUUCUGAUGUUUGAUGUGCUAACCUUACCAUGACCCGACCAGGUCCUUCUGAUGUUUGAUGUGCUAACCUUACCAUGACCCGACCAGGUCCUUCUGAUGUGCUAACCUUACCAUGACCUUCUCCUCUUACAGUGUUCUCCUACAACUCUGAGACUUGUGCCAACAACAGGAAGAAGUGUUCCACCUUCGCCGACUGUAAAGAUUACGCCAGCGGUUACUGUUGUCACUGUCGGCUCGGCUACUACGGCAACGGAAUACAGUGUGUUUCAGAGGGUAAGUCCCCAAUUUUCCUCAACUCCGUAGCUACUUCUUUUUCUACUUUUUUGAACCAAAACUAAAUUAUCACUCAGCAAAUUAUCUAUAUGAAAAUCAAAAGGGUGUGGCAAUGAUCAUAAUUGUGAUCAUGUAAUUCACUCUGGAUAGAGCGUCUGCUAAAUGGUUAAUAUGUGAGUGGUAACUCAUUGCUAGCUUGUCAAUUCAAUUAUAACUAGCCAGUCAUCAGACAACCGCAGAGCGACUCUUUCCCAGACUUGUUGCUGUUCUGUCUAUCAGGGAAGUGGAUUAAUAAAUCUGUGACAGUAGACAGUAAAGAAGUAAUACAUUCUUCUUCUUCUGUGUUUUAUCAGGUAAGCCCCAGAGGAUGAACGGCAAGGUGAACGGCAGGGUGUACGUGGGCAACUCUCCGUCUCCUGUCGAGUUCAACAGCAACGACCUGCACUCCUACGUGGUAGCCAAUGACGGGCGAGCGUACGUGGCUAUCAGCACCAUCCCUGCCAGCCUAGGCCCCUCCCUACAGCCCCUGUCAGCCCUGGGAGGAGUCAUCGGAUGGGCCUUCGCCCUGCAACAGCCUGGACACAAGAACGGAUUCAGCAUCAUCGGUGAAACCUAGUCUGCCUUGACCAGUUGCCAUGGAAUUGUGUGCGGUUGAUUAAUAAGCGAACCCAGUGGUUUUCAAACCUCUCCUCGAGGAUCCCCAGGCAUUUCACAAUGUUGUUGUUAGCCCUGAAAUAACUCACCUGAUUCACCUAGUCAAGGGCUUGUUGACAAGUUGAAGGUCAGACUGUACAUAACAGUAGGAACUUCCUGACCUUUUAACAUAGAUUUGACAUACUGUUCUUACUCAUUUACAUAGUCAUUGUAUUUCAUACAGUGGGGAAAAAAAGCCACCAAUUGUGCAAGUUCUCCCACUUAAAAAGAUGAGAGAGGCCUGUAAUUUUCAUCAUAGGUACACGUCAACUAUGACAGACAAAUUGAGAGAGAAAAAAUCCAGAAAAUCACAUUGUAGGAUUUUUAAUGAAUUUAUUUGCAAAUUAUGGUGGAAAAUAAGUAUUUGGUCACCUACAAACAAGCAAGAUGUCUGGCUCUCACAGACCUGUAACUUCUUCUUUAAGAGGCUCCUCUGUCCUCUACUUGUUACCUGUAAUAAUGGCACCUGUUUGAACUUGUCAUCAGUAUAAAAGACACCUGUCCACAACCUCAAACAGUCACACUCCAAACUCCACUAUGGCCAAGACCAAAGAGCUGUCAAAGGACACCAGAAACAAAAUUGUAGACCUACACCAGGCUGGGAAGACUGAAUCUGCAAUAGGUAAGCAGCUUGGUUUGAAGAAAUCAACUGUGGGAGCAAUUAUUAGGAAAUGGAAGACAUACAAGACCACUGAUAAUCUCCCUCGAUCUGGGGCUCCACGCAAGAUCUCACCCCGUGGGGUCAAAAUGAUCACAAGGUGAGCAAAAAUCCCAGAACCACACAGGGGGACCUAGUGAAUGACCUGCAGAGAGCUGGGACCAAAGUAACAAAGCCUACCAUCAGUAACACACUACGCCGCCAGGGACUCAAAUCCUGCAGUGCCAGAUGUGUCCCCCUGCUUAAGCCAGUACAUGUCCAGGCCCGUCUGAAGUUUGCUAGAGUGCAUUUGGAUGAUCCAGAAGAGGAUUGGGAGAAUGUCAUAUGGUCAGAUGAAACCAAACCAACUUGUCGUGUUUGGAGGACAAAGAAUGCUGAGUUGCAUCCAAAGAACACCAUACCUAGUGUGAAGCAUUGGGGUGGAAACAUCAUGCUUUGGGGCUGUUUUUCUGCAAAGGGACCAGGACGACUGAUCCGUGUAAAGGAAAGAAUGAAUGGGGCCAUGUAUCGUGAGAUUUUGAGUGAAAACCUCCUUCCAUCAGCAAGGGCAUUGAAGAUGAAACGUGGCUGGGUCUUUCAGCAUGACAAUGAUCCCAAACACACCGCCCGGGCAACGAAGGAGUGGCUUCAUAAGAAGCAUUUCAAGGUCCUGGAGUGGCCUAGCCAGUCUCCAGAUCUCAACCCCAUAGAAAAUCUUUGGAGGGAGUUGAAGUCCGUGUUGCCCAGCGAGAGCCCCAAAACAUCACUGCUCUAGAGGAGAUCUGCAUGGAGGAAUGGGCCAAAAUACCAGCAACAGUGUGUGAAAACCUUGUGAAGACUUACAGAAGACGUUUGACCUGUGUCAUUGCCAACAAAGGGUAUACAACAAAGUAUUGAGAAACUUUUGUUAUUGACCAAAUACUUAUUUUCCACCAUCAUUUGCAAAUAAAUUCAUUAAAAAUCCUAUAAUGUGAUUUUCUGGGGAAAAAAAUCUCAUUUUGUCUGUCAUAAUUGACGUGUACCUAUGAUGAAAAUUACAAGCCUCUCUCAUCUUUUUAAGUGGGAGAACUUGCACAAUUGGUGGCUGACUAAAUACUUUUUUUCCCCACUGUAUAUAGGAAGUCUGGGGUUUCAUGACUUGACGUGAUUCACAGCUGCUGGGUUCUGCUGCAGCUGCAACACCACUUAGUCAGGCCAGACACACACACACACACACACACACACAACACACAAACAUGCACAGACACACGCACACACACACACGCACACACACACACACACAGACACACACACGCACACACACACACACAGACACACACACGCACACACACACACACGCACACACACACACACGACACACACACAGACACACACACACUCAUGCACAGACACACAAACACACACACACGCACAGACACACACAAACACACACACACAGACACACAAACACACACAGACACACCCAGGAAAGGCCAGCUGUCUUCUAGAUAUCUCCCACCACAUUCUCCUCACAUUACCUCAGAGCAGAGAGUGUUAGAGACGGAGGACAGAGGGCCAACGUUGAGUCCAGUCCGGGCCAAGCACGUUUGCCUCUCGCUAUUUGUGUCAGAACCCAGGACUCCCUGGAAAACAGUGGCAAUUGUUGCUGUUACUGAGUGGACUACGCUGGCAGUAAAUCAAUUAAAUUAAAUGAAAAUGUCUCCUCUCCAGGUGGUGAGUUUAUGUGUCAGGCUGAGGUGACCUUCCUACCAGCCCAGGAGAAGCUGACCAUCAAACAGGUCUUCAGUGGGAUAGAUGAGCAUAAUCACCUGGUGGUCAGCACCACACUGGAGGGACGUGUCCCCGAAGUCCUCCGAGGAUCCACUGUCCAGAUAGAGCCCUACUCAGAGAUCUACCAGUACAGCUCCAACCGUAAGUCAUUCCAACCUCUGACCCCCUAACCCCCUGGGACUAUACCGUUCUAGCACGAUGUAGCAUGUUGCUUUCCAUAAACAGGCUAGACUCCAGAAGGACUCUGUUUAUUAUAGACGUAUCCUCCAGUCUCCUGGCGAAGUCCCAGCUACAGCUAGAAAUACAGAUAGAAAUACUGCUACCAAUUGUUGAUUGGCUGAAAGGCGUGGUAUAUCAGACCGUAUACCACGGGUAUGACAACACUUUUAUUUUCACUGUUUUAAUUAAGUUGGUACCAGUUUAUAAUAUCAAUAAGGCACCUCAGGGGUUUGUGCUGUAUGUUAAAUAUACCACGGCUAAGGGCUGUGUCCAGGCACUCCGUGUUGCGUUGUGCGGAAGAACAGCCCUUAGUCGUGGUAUAUUGGCCAUAUACCACCGCCCUUCGGGCCUCAUUGCUUAAAUAUACAACCAUGUUUGAUAAAACUAGGCUCUGCAUCCAAUAGGAUUCUAAACGCAUUCUAAACAGGGUUCUAAAGGAUUCUAACAGGUUCUAAACAUAGAAGUAGAUAUCUAUUCAUAGGCUGCACCUCCGUCACCUGGUCGCGUCUGGUGUCUCUCCUCCUGUAGUGAUCACAUCUUCCUCUGAGCCCGGUGUCUCUCCUCCUGUAGUGAUCACAUCUUCCUCUGAGCCCGGUGUGCCUCUCCUCCUGUAGUGAUCACAUCUUCCUCUGAGCCGGUGUCUCCCUCCUGUAUGAUCACAUCUUCCUCUGAGCCCGGUGUCUCUCCUCCUUAGUGAUCACAUCUCCCUGAGCCUGUGUCUCUCUCCUGUAGUGAUCACAUCUCCUCUGAGUCCUGGUGUUCUCCCUGUAGUGAUCACAUCUUCCUCACCUGGUGUCUCUCCUCCUUAGUGAUCACAUUUCCUCUGACCUGGUGUCUCUCCUCCUGUAUGAUCACAUCUUCCUCUGAGCCUGGGUCUCUCCUCCUGUAGUGAUCACAUCUUCUCUGAGCCUGGUGUCUCCCUCCUGUAUGUCACAUCUCGCUAGUCUGGUGUCUCUCCUCCUGUAGUGAUCACAUCUUCCUCUGAGCCUGGUGUCUCUCCUCCUGUAUGAUCACAUCUUCCUCUGAGCCGGUGUCUCUCCUCCUGUAGUGAUCACAUCUUCCUCUGAGCCUGGUGUCUCUCCUCCUGUAGUGAUCACAUCUUCCUCUGAGCCUGGUGUCUCUCCUCCUGUAGUGAUCACAUCUUCCUCUGAGCCUGGUGUCUCUCCUCCUGUAGUGAUCACAUCUUCCUCUGAGCCUGGUGUCUCUCCUCCUGUAGUGAUCACAUCUUCCUCUGAGCCUGGUGUCUCUCCUCCUGUAGUGAUCACAUCUUCCUCUGAGCCUGGUGUCUCUCCUCCUGUAGUGAUCACAUCUUCCUCUGAGCCUGGUGUCUCUCCUCCUGUAGUGAUCACAUCUUCCUCUAUGCUGGACUAUGUGGUUGAAGUUAAGACUGAGAUCAAUAGUUCUAGUGUUGCGUGUUAAUGUCUGCCUCCUGUCCCCUCAGUGAUCACGUCUUCCUCUACAAGGGAUUACACUGUGAAUCUGGAUGAUGGCUCUGCUGAGACCAGGACGUACCAGUGGAGACAGUCCAUCACCUUCCAGAGCUGUCCACAUGACGAGGCUGCCAGGGCCAUACUGCCCACACAGGUGCACACUAAUCAAUCAAUCAAUCAAUCAUACAAGACUGAUUGAAUUACAAACCACUGCCACUGUGCCCAAGACACUUAGCAAGGACAAAGUGCAUCCAUCCAAAGGAGCUUUACCACAGCGGACCCUGAGUGUGUGUAAGUUCUAACCAAGUGUGUUAAUACAUCAUGUCUCCUACAGAUGCUGAGCGUGGACCAGGUGUUUGUGAUGUACGACUCCAACAACGAGCUGAUCCGAUACGCCAUGAGCAACAAGAUCGGCGACAUCAAAGGUGAGGUCACUUCCUGUCUGAGGUUAUUCCUGUCUCUCUGAUUGGUCUGAUUUCACUUCCUUCCUGCUUAGACCGAUUCCUCCUGCCCUAAUUGACACAUCUUUCUGUUAGUCUUAUUUUGUCUUAUUUGAAGACGUUUUCUAGUCGUAGUCAUUUCCUCCAUCCUGUUCUAGACGGAUCCUCCUAACUGAGAGCCCUCAUUUAGCAGACGCUCUUAUCCAGUGCGACUUACAGUUAUUGAGUGCACACAUUAUUUAAUUUUUUUUAUACUGUCCCCCCGUGGGAAUCGAACCCACAACCCUGGCGUUGCAAACGCCAUGCUCUACCAACUGAGCUACAUCCCUGCCGGCCAUUCCCUCCCCUACCCUGGACGACGCUGGGCCAAUUGUGCGCCGCCCCAUGGGUCUCCCGGUCACGGCCGGCUACGACAGAGCCUGGAUUCGAACCAGGAUCUCUAGUGGCACAGCUAGCAGUGCGAUGCAGCGCCUUAGACCACUGCGCCACUCGGGAGGCCAUAUAGUUUAGUUUGGCCGAUGGUUUCUAGUAGUAUCAGUUUUGGAGUUGUAGCAACAACCUACAAUACAAUAUGAAACAUUGUCUAAAUGUGUGAUAAUGCAGUUCUUAAUUACAUUGAUAAUGUGAUAUUAAACCAGCACUUCCCAAAACUCGGUCCUAAUCAUAUUUUGCCCUAGCACUACACACAUCAGUGUGCACCCCUCGGGGAUGGGAGAGUUUGGGAAAAGCUGUAUUAAACUCAACUGGUUGUGUUUCUGUCCAGGAGGCCAGCAGGAAGAAGAGAAUCCCUGUUUCACUGGGAGACACGGCUGUGACACCAACGCUGUCUGUAGACCCGAACAGGGGACAGAGUUCACCUGCCACUGUGCUGCGGGAUUCACAGGAGACGGACGCUCCUGUUAUGGUAUGUUAUGGGGACUGCGUGUAAUGGUACGCCUGUCUGGAGUACUCAUACUACACAGCCAGAGAGCUGUUCAGUACCAGAUCUGAACAAUUACAUCAUUUAACAGCAUCAUUUGGUGGUUAAAUGAAGCUCUAGUCAGUAUUUUGCAUUCCAGGCAGGGAAGGGAAAAACAUUUAUCUAAUGCUCCAUGACCUAUUACAGUGUCCUCAUUACCACGUACAGGUAUGCUGUACUGUACUGUACUCUCUAUACUCUGUACUGUACUCUCUAUACUCUGUACUCUCUAUACUCUGUACUCUCUAUACUCUGUACUCUGUACUGUACUCUCUAUACUCUGUACUCUCUAUACUCUGUACUCUCUAUACUCUGUACUCUGUACUGUACUCUCUAUACUCUGUACUGUGCUGUACUCUGUACUCUGUACUGUACUCUCUAUACUCUGUACUGUGCUGUACUCUGUACUCUGUACUGUACUCUCUAUACUCUGUACUCUCUAUACUCUGUACUCUGUACUGUACUCUGUACUGUACUGACUCUGUACUAUGUGCUGUACUCUGCUGUACUCUGUACUGUACUGACUCUGUACUAUGUGCUGUACUCUGCUGUACUCUGUACUCUUCUGUACUCUGUACUCUUCUGUACUCUGUACUCUUCUGUACUCUGUACUCUGCUGUACUCUGUACUGUACUCUGCUGUACUCUGUACUCUUCUGUACUCUGUACUCUUCUGUACUCUGUACUCUGCUGUACUCUGUACUCUUCUGUACUCUGUACUCUGCUGUACUCUGUACUCUGCUGUACUCUGUACUGUACUCUGCUGUACUCUUCUGUACUCUGCUGUACUCUGUACUCUGCUGUACUCUGUACUCUUCUGUACUCUGUACUCUGCUGUACUCUGUACUGUACUCUGCUGUACUCUGUACUGUACUCUGCUGUACUCUGUACUGUACUCUGCUGUACUCUGUACUCUGGACUGUGAAGUCCUGGUUGAGAGCCCAUCCUGUAAACAAAUCCUGUCCGUUCACUCUCUGACUCCCAGACCAAACAGUCAAUCAGAGGUUCAUUAGAGGACCAUUUCCACCCUAGUCCCUAGUCCCUCCCUUCAUAUCUCAGGGUUUCAGGGCUCAUUUCAGAGUACAUAAACAAUAUGAUCUACAGUCCACUUCCCCAGGGAGGAAGAAAGGAAUAGCCCCUUCACAUAGAGAGGGGGGUUUCUAUUUUGGGCUUGGAGCUGGGUUAGGAAAUGGUGUUGUCUUUGGAGUUGGGACAGUCUUGGGACAGGUUUGGGAGAGGGGAGGAACAGUUUUAGGACGACAGUAAAGGAAGUGCUCUCGGGCACACAGAGGUUAAGAUGAGGACCCUUGUCCCUAGUCACUAGUCCACAUAGAGAGGAGUUCUUAUUUUGUCUUGGGACAGGCUUGGGGUGGGGUUGGGGAGAGGUUGGGACGGGUAGGAACAGUUUUGGAAUGAGGGGAAAGGAAGUGCUCUUAGCCACUGAAAGAAAAGGAAGGAUGUUUGACAGACACAGGAAACUGUAUCUCUAAACACAUUUAGUCAUAAGGAAACCGGUCUGAUUCAGUCACAGUCCAACCAGUGAACUACAGUCCCACUGCUAUCCAGAUACUCUACAGAACACCGAAAAACCUUCCAACAUAUUGGACUGGUCCAACGGUGACUGGUCCAACGGUGACUGGUCCAACGGUGACUGGUCCAACGGUGACUGGUCCAACGGUGACUGGUCCAACGGUGACUGGUCUAAUAUGUUCCUGAAGUAUUUUGCUGUGCAUCCUGGGAUUUUGGGUUUGGUGGCACACUUAGAAAAAUAUUCCCCCAGACGAUACAUUGAUCGAUAGCCCCACAGGUUCAUUGUCAUGUUUACAGGUAAUAACUUGUAAGUAACCUGCAGUUUUUAAAUCGACAUACCGUCGACAUUUAGUGUUUAGUGUCCAGCGCUCCGGUGUUGCUGUUACUUUUCUAUCAUAUUUGAGUGGUGAGCAAAGUCGAUACGAACCCCUCAGAUCUGAACAGACUGACUCAGGUUUCUGUUUGUCUCCAUGUGUUCCUGUCAGAUAUUGAUGAGUGUAGAGAGACGCCCCAGACCUGUGGAGAACACUCAGUCUGCAACAACCAGCCCGGAACCUUCCGCUGUGAGUGUAAUGAUGGAUACCAGUUCGCUAGCGACGGGUACACCUGCAUAGGUACGCUCUCUCUCUCUCUCUCUGUCCCUCUCCCUCUCUGUCCCCUUCGCUCCUAUGGUCACAGCACUACUCUAUCUUGUCUAUCUCUCUCUCAUCUGUCCCCAUCGUAUGAUUCUCUCUCUCUUGUCACCCUUCAUCUCUGCUUCAUGCCUCUUCUGGCUCAUGCGUGUACACACCGCACAUCUCUAUUGCAAAUCUCUCCUAUCUGUAGGACCUCGGUGUUCGUCUCGUCUUCUAUGUACAUCAUCUGUACACUGUCGAUCAGUUAUAUCUACUACCUCGACUCUGGAAAACACACAUCAUUCAUCUUGGUCGUUCGUUCUUUCCUUACUUGCCCUUAUAGACUUGCCAUCACUCAUGACCUCAAUCAUAUUUCCUGUCCCCCUACUCUUUCUCUCUCUGCUCUUGCCCCCUCCUCUCUUCUCUCUCUCUCUCUGUCCCCCCCUCUCUCUCUCUCGACCUCUCUGUCCCUCUCUACAUUUAUUUUCUCUCUUCGCUUGACCCCUCUCUUGCUUUCUUCUCUCUGUCCCCCACUCUCUUUUUCUCUUCUCUCUUGCUCUGCCCCCUCUUUCUCUCUCUCUGUCCCCCUCUCUUUCUCUCUCUCUCUCUCUCUUUCUCUAUGGUCCCCCACUCCCCUCUCCCCCUCUGUCCCCCCUCCCCUCUCCCCCUCUCUCUCUCUCUCUCUCUCUGUGUGUCUUCUGGCAGUUUUUUAUUCUGGGGAUAAACACUAAACACUGCCAUAUAAGGGAAAUACAAACAGAACAGAUGAGAGUCUAGUAUGUCUGCUCAUUUCUCAGCAACAGACAGAUAUUGUUGUAUUUACCCAUACACAAAAAAUGUAUACACGCAUGACUGUAAGUCGCUUUGGAUAAAAGCGUCUGCUAAAUGGCAUAUUACAUUAUUACAUUACACAGGCAGCCCAAUUCAGAUUAUAAUUUUUCUUCAGGAAUUGGUCUUUUGACCAAUCAGAUCAUCUCUUUUGUGUCAGCCUGUGUCCUAUUGGUUAAUCUGAAGUAUUUCCUGUCUUGAUGACGACACCCCUAUCCUUUCCAGGAGUUGAUUGAUUCACUGAUUUAUUGAUAGAUUGAUUGACUGACUGACUGACUUGCUGAUGAUGAUGAUGAUGAUGAUUCUCCAGGAGUGGACCGUCCUGUGGACCACUGCGCGGCCGGAAGCCAUGACUGCGACGUCCCGGAGCGUGCCCGAUGUAGCUACAGUGGGGGAUCCUCCUAUGUCUGCUCCUGUUUGCCC